CUGCCAGUCUGGGGGGUGCAUCCUCUUGCCUGGAAGGCAUGUCAACUCCCCUCCCAGACCUCCCUGCUUGAUCCCUUACUGCCUCGGGCGCCCUGUUUGUAAAGUGACAGUGGUAUCAGUGUCAGCUGAGAGGGGGGAUUGAGUAGGACGGGGCCGUCACGCUCUAGCGUGGUGCCUACGCAUGGCGAGGAUUCGGCGGUCCUGAGCAAGUAAGAUCAUCACCUUAUGGACUAAAUGUGACCAUGAUCAUCAGGGGAGAGAGUGUCUGGGCUGGAAGGCUGGGGUCAGCGAUGUCAAAGUCCACUUAAUGGUCAAAGAAGUUAAAUGACGAAGCGUGGGCUCAAUCUGGCAACGUGGCGGUCAAGGGAGGGUGAGUGGAGGUCAGGGUGAGGGGUGAGUGGAGGCCAGUGGAGGUGACGCCACACUGCAGAGACGUGAGGAGGCCAUCCGGACGACAGAUGGAGACAGCCCCGAACGACUGUGGACAAGCAGAGAGAGGCAGAGAAAUUGUCAAACAGCACUCCAGAAAAAGUUGUGCCAACUUGUACCCACCGAGAGUGAAUGAGAAUAGCAGCUUGCCAGAGCCUUGCCAACAGUGAAUGUUGCAGAUCUCGGCUAAUGUGGGUCCCAGGUGAUGGUGGUUUACACGGAAGACAAGCUGAGCCCCGCAACACUGGUUAGCACGGCGGAGCCCGGAGCGGCGCCUGCUGGCUGGUGGGUGUGAACCGAGGGAUCUCCGCGUCUCAAGCCAAGAGGAAGCAUGUCUAAGAAGGGCCGGAGCAAGGGCGAGAGGCCCGAGAUGGAGACUGAUGCCGUGCAAAUGGCUAACGAGGAGCUGCGGGCCAAGCUCACUAGCAUCCAGAUCGAGUUCCAGCAGGAAAAGAGCAAGGUGGGCAAACUGCGCGAGCGGCUGCAGGAGGCCAAGCUGGAGCGCGAGCAGGAGCAGCGGCGGCACACCGCUUACAUCUCGGAGCUCAGGGCCAAGCUGCACGAAGAGAAGACCAAGGAGCUGCAGGCGCUGCGCGAGGUGCUCAUCCGGCAGCACGAGCAGGAGGCGGCGCGCACCGCCAAGAUCAAGGAGGGCGAGCUGCAGCGGCUGCAGGCCACGCUGAACGUGCUGCGGGACGGCGCGGCCGACAAGGUCAAGACGGCGCUCCUGGCCGAGGCGCGCGACGAGGCGCGCAGGGCCUUCGACGGCGAGCGCCAGCGGCUGCAGCAGGAAAUCCUGGAGCUCAAGGCUUCGCGCAAGCAGGCCGAGGAGGCGCUCAGCAACUGCAUGCAGGCCGACAAGACCAAGGCGGCGGACCUGCGCGCUGCCUACCAGGCGCACCAGGACGAGGUGCACCGCAUCAAGCGCGAGUGCGAGCGGGACAUCCGCAGGCUGAUGGACGAGAUCAGAGGGAAAGACCGUGUGAUCCUGGCCUUGGAGAAGGAACUCGGCGUGCAGACCGGCCAGACCCAGAAGCUGCUUCUUCAGAAGGAGGCUUUGGAUGAGCAGCUGGUUCAGGUCAAAGAGGCUGAGCGGUACCACAGUAGUCCCAAGAGAGAGCUCCCGCCUGGCAUCGGGGACAUGGCAGAGCUCAUGGGCGUCCAGGAUCAACAUAUGGACGAACGAGACGUACGGCGAUUCCAACUGAAAAUUGCUGAACUGAACUCGGUGAUACGGAAGCUGGAAGACAGGAACACCCUCUUGGCAGACGAGAGGAACGAGCUGCUGAAACGCUCCCGGGAGACCGAGGUCCAGCUGAAGCCCCUUGUGGAGAAGAACAAGCGGAUGAACAAGAAGAAUGAGGAUUUGCUGCAGAGCAUCCAGAGGAUGGAGGAGAAAAUCAAGAGCGUCAUGAGGGAGAAUGUGGAAAUGAAAGAGAAGCUGUCGGCGCAGGCGUCCCUGAAGCGGCACACUUCCUUGAACGACCUCAGCCUGACGAGGGACGAGCAGGAGAUCGAGUUCCUGCGGCUGCAGGUUCUGGAACAACAGCACGUCAUCGACGACCUCUCGCUGGAGAGAGAACGUCUCUUGCGCUCCAAACGACAUCGCGGGAAAGGUCUGAAGCCACCCAAGAAGCAUGUUGUGGAGACAUUUUUUGGAUUUGAUGAGGAGUCUGUGGACUCGGAAACCUUGUCAGAAACCUCCUGCAACACGGACAGGACGGACAGGGCCCCAGCCACGCCCGAGGAAGACUUGGAUGAUACGACGACAAGAGAGGAGGCCGACCUGCGGUUCUGCCAGCUGACCAGGGAGUACCAGGCCCUGCAGCGGGCCUAUGCCCUGCUUCAGGAGCAGGUGGGGGGGACGCUGGAUGCUGAGAGAGAGGCCCGGACUCGGGAACAGCUCCAAGCUGACCUGCUGAGGUGUCAGGCGAAAAUUGAAGAUUUGGAGAAGUUGCUCGUCGAGAAGGGACAGGAUUCCAAAUGGGUUGAAGAGAAGCAGCUUCUCAUCAGGACAAACCAGGACUUGCUGGAAAAGAUUUACAGACUGGAAAUGGAAGAGAGUCAGCUGAAGAACGAAAUGCAGGACGCCAAGGACCAAAAUGAGCUGCUAGAGUUCCGAGUGCUGGAGCUCGAAGAGAGAGAGCGGAGGUCGCCAGCAUUUAACCUCCAAAUCAGCACCUUCCCCGAGAACAACAGAAGCGCUCUCCAGCUGUUCUGUCACCAGGAAGGAGUUAAGGAUGUGAAUGUUUCUGAACUUAUGAAGAAGCUAGAUAUCCUUGGCGAUAACGGGGUAACUAUGCCGGCCGGCUUCUGCUCUCGCGCUCUCGUCUCCACCUGGGUGUGUCCUGUGUGCCUUUCCUUUCUGUUCGGUUCGGGUUCUUCCCAACGUAAGAGAUCUGACACGCGCAGUAAUUUGAGAAACGAAGAACAGGUUGCAAUAAUCCAAGCUGGAACAGUGCUUGCCCUGUGCGAAAAGUGGCUGAAGCAAAUAGAGGGGACUGAGGCGGCCCUGACCCAGAAGAUGCUGGAUCUGGAGAAGGAGAAGGACCUGUUCAGCAGGCAGAAGGGCUACCUGGAGGAAGAGCUGGACUACAGGAAGGAGGCCCUGGACCAGGCUUACCUGAAAAUCCAGGAGCUGGAGGCCACGCUGUACAACGCGCUGCAGCAGGACCCGGGGCGGAGGGCCAGCGAGGCGCUGAGCGAGGGCCAGCGGGAGGAUCUGCAGGCCGCCGUGGAGAAAGUGCGCAGGCAGAUCCUGAGGCAGAGCCGCGAGUUCGACAGCCAGGUUCUGCGGGAGCGCAUGGAACUACUGCAGCAGGCCCAGCAGAGAAUCCGAGAGCUGGAGGGUAAGCUGGAGGUCCAGAAGAAACACCUGAAGGAGCUUGAGGAGAAGCAUUCAUUCUGUGGCCUUGAUGACGUCAGUGAGCAAAGAACUCGGGAUAGAAAAAGAGCUUAUGGAAUACAUUGAGUCCCUGCGGCAUCCCCAACCCCACUCACACCAAAAUCCAACAGCAAAACAAGCUCCUUCAAGCCGGAGACUGAAAACAGAAUUCAUGUGUACUUGACGAGGAGGCCUUUU